AAUAAUAUUAUUAUUAUGAAUGAGAAAUAUCAACAGACAUCUAAACAACCGACUGUUGAUGAAUUUGACAAAUAAAUAUUUAUAUUUAUUAUUUUUAAAAUUAAUAAUAUAUUUAUAAUAAUUAUAUUGAUGAUAAAGAAUGACGUCUUAUUUUUAAAACUAAAAAUAUAUUUUUCAUUAUUGUUUAUCAAACUUAAAGCCCCCCCAGUAAAGCUGAUAAUGGAAAAAAAAAAUAAUAAUAUUACUGAUAAAUAGGAAAGACUUGGCAUCAACAAUAUAACACAUCAUCAAAUUUUAUUCUAAGAAUCAUCAGACCACACUUGUUGGACGCCAUCAAAUAGCACAACACGUGCAUUCAGCUUGAUAACUUUUAAAAGCCGGUUUAAAUUGUUUUAUAUAUUUUAAUAAAUAUAUUAAAAAUAAUAAAAAAUGUCUUCAGGAAAAUUGGCAUUAUUGAGUGUAUCAGACAAGACAAAUCUCUUGUCAUUUGCUAAAAAACUUCAUGAACUUGGUUUGACUCUUGUUGCAUCUGGUGGAACAGCAAAAUCAUUGAGAGAUGCUAAUUUACCAGUUAAAGAUGUUUCUGAUAUAACUGGAGCACCAGAGAUGCUUGGUGGAAGAGUUAAAACUCUUCAUCCAGCUGUUCAUGGAGGAAUUUUGGCAAGAGAAAUUGAGUCAGAUAAAGCUGACAUGAAACGUCAAAGCUACGAGUACAUUCGUAUUGUUGUAUGUAAUUUAUAUCCAUUUGUAAAUACAAUAAACAAGCCUGAUGUUACAAUUGCUGAUGCUGUUGAAAAUAUUGAUAUUGGUGGUGUAACAUUACUUCGUGCUGCUGCUAAAAAUCAUGCAAGAGUCACUGUAAUCUGUGACCCAAAUGACUAUGAAAAGGUCAUAAGUGAAUUAGAGUCAUCUGAUGAUAAUGAUACAUCCCCAGCAACGAGACAAUUAUUUGCUUUAAAAGCAUUUACUCAUACAGCUCAAUAUGACGAUGCAAUAUCAGAUUAUUUUAGAAAACAAUAUAGCUCUGGUGUAUCACAAUUAACACUUCGUUAUGGCAUGAAUCCUCAUCAAAAACCAGCUCAAGUAUUUACAACAUUAGAAAAUUUACCACUAACAGUUGUCAAUGGUUCACCAGGUUUUAUCAACCUUUGUGAUGCUCUAAAUGCAUAUCAACUUGUUAAAGAAUUAAAAUCAGCAUUAAAUUUACCAGCAGCAACAUCAUUUAAACAUGUUAGUCCAGCUGGUGCUGCUGUUGGUAUACCACUUGAUAAAAUUCAAGCAAAAUUAUGUCAAGUUGAUGAUAUUAUUGAUGAAUUAACACCAUUAGCAACAGCAUAUGCUCGUGCACGUGGUGCUGAUAGAAUGUCAAGUUUUGGUGAUUUUAUUGGUUUAUCUGAUACAUGUGAUGCAAUAACAGCACGUAUUAUAUCACGUGAAGUAUCUGAUGGUAUUAUUGCACCUGGUUAUACAAAUGAAGCAUUAGAUAUAUUAAAAAAAAAGAAAAAUGGUAAUUAUUGUGUUUUAAAAAUUGAUGAACAUUAUGAACCAACACCAAUUGAAAAAAAAACAUUAUUUGGAUUGACACUUGAACAACAAAGAAAUAAUGCUAUUAUUAAUGAAUCAACAUUUUCAAAUAUUGUUACUAAAAAUAAUAAAUUAAGUAAUGAUGCAAUGAGAGAUUUAAUUGUUGCAACAAUUGCUGUUAAAUAUACACAAAGUAAUUCAGUAUGUUAUGCUAAAGAUGGACAAGUUAUUGGUAUUGGUGCUGGACAACAAUCAAGAAUUCAUUGUACAAGAUUAGCUGGUGAUAAAGCUGAUAAUUGGUGGUUGAGACAACAUGAAAAAGUAACAAAUAUGAAAUUUAAAAAAGGUAUUAAAAGAGCUGAAAUAUCAAAUGCCAUUGAUAAUUAUGUUAAUGGAUCAAUUGGUAAAGAUAUGGAUGAAAAACAAUGGGCAUCAAUGUAUGAAAUUGUACCUGAUAAAUUAACUGAACAAGAUAAAAUUGAUUGGAUUAAAAAAUUGGAUAAUGUUGCUAUAAGUAGUGAUGCAUUCUUUCCAUUUAGGGACAAUGUUGAUAGAGCUAGACUUAGUGGAGUUAAAUUUAUUGGAAGCCCAGCUGGAUCUACCAUGGAUCAAGUUGUCAUUGAGGCUUGUAAUGAGCAUGACAUAACACUUGCUCACACCAACAUUCGUCUUUUCCAUCAUUAAAUUAUUUUGAUACUUUUUUUUUUUUUUUUUGUAAUAAAUCCUGGUUGUCUGUGACAACAUUUUAAAAUAAUUUGUUUAUCUUAUAUUUCUUUUUUCAAUGGCAAUUUAUCAACAACGUCAAUAUAUUUUUGACCCAAAUUAUAGAUUUAAAAACAAGCAUUUUAUAUGCCUUUUUUUUGAUAAAUAAAUUAUAUAUUAAGACAGAUUAUUAUUUAUAUAUUAUUAUUUCAAAAUAACACACAAUUUUGUAAACAAAUUAUUGUUGUUAUUAUUUUUUUUUU